CGCAUAUGUUUAUAGACUAUUUCUGUUGUUAUCAUUGCAGUGACACAUAAGAUACAUCCAUAAUUUUAUUAAUCAGAUUAUUUAUUAUUAUGCGAGAAGUAAUUGAGUGUCUGAUUAUCACCAAUUGUUUUUAAUAGGAUACACCGUCAUUAAACAAAUGAUAUGACACUGUGCAACAGAGAUACGAUUAAAAUAAAAUGGCUAAUAUUUGCAGAAAAUGGCGAAUAUGGAUAUUACCAUUGUUGACAAGUGUCUAUGCCUUAUUAAUAUGUAUUCUAGUGCCAAUACUAUUAAGGAAUUCAAUAAAAAAUGGCUUUCAAAAACAGGAUCAAGGUGCUUUGGUAGGCGGGGGAUUUGUGCUGUUGUCAUUACCAAUCGCAUUUUAUGAAAUCGUUCAACACAUGAUUCAUUAUACUCAACCGAGAUUACAGAAGUAUAUUAUUCGAAUACUAUGGAUGGUACCAAUUUACGCUGUAAAUGCUUGGUUAGGAUUGAUUUAUCCCGAGGGCAGUAUUUACGUAGACAGCUUACGUGAAUGUUAUGAAGCUUAUGUUAUUUAUAAUUUUAUGAUGUAUUUGCUGGCCUAUCUUAAUUCUGAUCAUGAAUUAGAACAUCGGCUAGAAAUGUCUCCCCAGAUUAAACAUAUGAUUCCUUUUUGUUGUCUUUCUGAUUGGCAAAUGGGUACAGAAUUUGUGCAUAUGUGUAAGCAUGGAAUUCUUCAAUAUACAGUUGUCAGACCCUUAUCAACAGCUAUUUCAUUUAUUUGCGCAUUAAAUAAUGUUUACGGUGAAGGUGAAUUUCGUGGAGAUGUCGCAUUUCCUUAUUUAAUUGCACUGAAUAAUUUAUCACAAUUUAUAGCAAUGUACUGUUUAGUAUUAUUCUAUCGUGCUAAUUCUGAAAGUCUAAAGCCAAUGGAACCAAUUGGUAAAUUUUUGUGUAUCAAAGCUGUAGUAUUUUUUUCAUUUUUUCAAGGCGUUCUGAUAGCAAUGUUGGUAUAUUUUGGUGUAAUAUCAAACAUUUUUGAUACUAAGGAUACCGAUGAUAUUCGUCAUAUAUCUUCCAAACUUCAAGACUUUCUUAUUUGUAUUGAAAUGUUUCUAGCAGCCGUUGCUCAUCACUUCAGUUUUAGCCAUAAACCAUACGUCAAUCUUGCACAAAGUCAAGCAUGGUGGGACGCAUUCAGAGCAAUGUGGGACAUAUCAGAUGUACAUAACGAUAUAAAAGAGCAUUUAGGAGUGGUGGGAUUAUCAUUAAGUCGAAGAAUACGUGGUCGUAAUAGUUAUCAACAAACUUGGGGAAGUGCUACCGAACGUACUUCACUCUUACCAGAUCAAAUGCAACUUCUAACAGCCACUAAAAGUGUACCAAGUUGCUCAUUAGCUGAAUAUGAUGAUGAUUCAAAUCAUUUCAACAACUAUCCAUAUAAACUUACCGAAGAUAUUCCAGAUAUUUGUCAUGCCGAACAGGGUAGUGCCGUCGAUACGUAACAGAAUACUUAGUUUUGGACAGUUACUCAUUUGUGAUUGAUUGAACAUCUAAAUAUGCUUUAUUAUGUAUAAGUUCAUGUUGAGCUCAACUGGCUGUCUGUAUUGUAUAUUUAUGGAGAUGUUAUAUUUAUACAAGGAAAAUUUUUAUCAUUAGAAUUUAUUUUUUGAUGGCUACGAAUUAAGUUUAUUAACUUCUGUGUGUAAAUAUCUUCUUUAUGUUUACGUCUAUUAUUACUAAUUUUCACUAAUAUUAUUUUACCAAAGUAUGUAUAAAUAUUAAAAUCAUGAACGUAUGACCUUUUCAUAUAUGAAAUAAAAA